AUGCCAAUCCCGGCAGAAUGCACGGUAUUAGUAGUCGGCGGAGGACCUGGGGGGUCCUAUGCAGCGUCGCUGCUGGCCCGAGAGGGGCUGAACACGGUUUUGUUGGAAUCUGACGAGUUUCCGCGAUUCCACGUCGGUGAAAGUAUGCUUCCUUCCAUCCGCCAUUUCUUUCGAUACAUUGAUUUGGACACCAAGUUCAAAGAGCAUGGGUUUACCAAGAAGGUAGACAUCUUUGUCGUUCUCGUUCUUGCGUUCUCUUCACGAGAUGAAAUGCGAAGGCUGACGUGCAAAGACACGGACUUCAUCGGUGCCGGUGGUCCUGAGAACUAUACGUGGAACUUCCUGCGAUCGGAAUCCGACGAUCUCAUGCUAAAUCAUGCGGUCAAGUGUGGUGCCAAGGUCUUCACCCCGGUUCGAGUCACAUCCCUGCAAUUUGCGCCCAUUGGAGCCACAGACAACUCGACGCAGUCGGUUCUUGAUAAUACCAGCCAUAGUCUGGGGCGACCGGUGUCUGCAACGUGGGCUUCGGAGGAAGACUGUGGAGCCAUUCGAUAUAAGUAUCUGAUUGAUGCCACAGGGCGGGCAGGGAUUGUGAGUACAAAGUACAUGAGGAAUCGGAAGAUGAACACGGCAUUAAAAGACGCCGCAACAUGGGGAUACUGGGAAAAGUGUGGCGUGUUUGGAGAGAGUACGCAUAUGGAAAACGACCCAUAUUUCGAGGCCAUCAAUGGUUCGCUCAUCUCUAUUCUCGUGAAAGCAAAGCUAACAAACACAGACGGCAGUGGCUGGAUCUGGGCAAUCCCAUUGAAGGAUAUGAUGUCCAUCGGGGUAGUCAUGAAACAAGAAAUUGUAGUGGCCAAGAAACGAGAACGCGGUUUAUCCCCUUCACAGAUCUAUAUCGAUUCCAUUGAGAAUACCCCAGGAAUCAGGGAUCUCCUUCAGAGAGCGGAAUUAGUUUCAGACCUGCAUUCCACGGCUGACUGGUCGUAUAAUGCCACAACAUAUGCCAGCCCAUACCUGCGAAUCGUCGGCGACGCAGGAUGCUUCAUCGACCCGCUCUUCUCGUCCGGGGUACACAUGGCCCUAGUAGGGGCUCUAUCUGCCGCGGUGACCAUCUGCGCAGCGGAACGAGGGAACUGUGAUCAGGCCGUCGCGGCAGACUGGCAUUCGAAAAAGAUCGCUGAAAGUUAUGCCAGGUUCUUACUCAUUGUCGCCAGCACUCGAAAGCAAAUAUCUAGUCGCGAGGAGUCCGUGUUGAAUGAUCCGGCCGAGGGAAGCUUUGAUCGCGCUUUCCACAUCUUUCAACCCGUGAUCCAAGGUACCGUAGAUGUGGAGGAUGAGAAACACAACCAAGAGGAAAUCGCCAGGAUAUUUGAGUUCUGUGCAGGAGAGACUUUUGGCAGCCAAAACAGUAUCGAGAAGUUGGCGAAAGAGGUUGGAUUGCCGCCAGAGACCGUCGAGCGCUAUCGGGCUAUUCUUAUAGAGAAUAACGGGGCGGAUAAGAAUGACUUCGAGAAUGAAGCCUUGGAUGGAUUGAGACCGAACAUGAAGCCAGGAGCGCUGGGAUUGAUUCAUGCGUGUUGA